CCUCCCGGGCGGGCGGCAGCCUUUUCCCUCCGGGCAGGUGAGAGGCCGCCCGGCCGGCCGCUCCCUGGCCCCGCCCCCUGCGCGGCUCACCCGCCAGGCGUUGCUAUGGGGAUCCAGCGGCCGCGGCCGGCGGCCUGGGACUGCGCCACCUCUGCGGACCAGGCGCCGGCGACGGCGGGAGGUCAUGGAGCCCCCGAGAAGCUCGGAUGUGGAGGCCCGAAGGCUGAGGGGCUUGGGCCGCUGCCGGCAUUUCUUCUGGCUGGGCGUCGCCUUCGACGCAGUGGGCGCGACGGUGCUGUUCGUUGGGAUCUUCUCCGACCUCAUCUUCUACGACUUGCUCCUCUACCUGGGUUCCAUCAUCAUCUUCCUCAGCCUCCUCUGGUGGGUCUUCUGGUACACCGGCAACAUCGAACUGAGCCCCGAAGACACCUGGAAGAGGCCCAUCCGCAUGGGCACGCUGGACCAGCACUUCUCCUUCACCUUGAACCUCACCAACACGUUGGCGCGGUUCCGACGGGACCACCGCAGGAGACUCCUCCAGAGUACCACUAACAUUCGGAGUCCGUCCUUCACCAUCCAGGUACCCGACCCGCUAGCAAAAGAGGACCAGGUCCAGGACAAAGGCAGAAGGAAAAGUGUCAGAUACAAAGACGAGGCUAAAGCCUCAGGCAGAGAGGUUCUGGGCCCGGAACCGGAAACGGAAGCUGUAAAACAUUCAGAAAGAGUUGGCCCCCCAGGCCCUGAGGCUGGUCCUCUGGGCCCCGAGGCUAGACGAUCGUCAGGCCGUCUGGUGCAUCCCAAGUUCACGCCAUCAGAAGUUCUGGACCAGCCCCUGCCUGCCGACAUUGCCUCCUCUAAGAGCCUGACUGUGGUCCCAUCAUCCUCUAUUAGUCAGCCUCUAACUAUUAAUUAUUCUAAGAGCCUACCUACUUCGUUGGCCUCUGAGAGCAAUCCUCUAAUCACUAUUACCUCUGUGAGCCUGCCUGGUGUCCCCUUGCCCUCUUCAGGUCAGCCUCUGGACACUCUGGCCUCUGAUAUCGAGACUGUAGAUUCCGGAGUCUCACAAAACUACCCCCUGGUGCACGUGGCUGCGAUGAGCCAUUUCCCGACCCCAGUCGACUCGGAGAGGGAUUUCCAGAGUCAUUCUCUAGACACUCAAAAUCAGGCUUCCCAAACCCAGGGCUCUCUGACCCACCUUACACCAGGCACAUUUUUUCAGACCCAACCUGUGCACCCAUGGGGCGCCGUGGCUGGCCAGGACUUACAGUCCCUGUGUAACACCCAACCGUUCUCUACGAGCACUGUGGUUCAAGAGAUUGCGCGCAGCCAAUCUCCACUUUCCCGGGAGCCAUCAGGGGGCCAGGAACUAAGCCAGGAAGUCCCUGACGCCAUAUCCCGGCUCCCGGAGUCUGAGUCCGUGGCUCCAGCUGCUGAGGCCCGGAAGUCAAUGCCCCAUGAGAAUGUGCCUGCCCCUACCACCCAGAACGGUGGCCAUCUCUAAUGCAGAAGCAGAUGCUCUGGCCUCUGCAAAAACUCACCAAUGUUUCUACAUAUUUAAGUGCCAACUUUAUAAAAGUAUAAAUACAUUCAUCUCAUUUUGGAAACCUCCAUAUGGAAUUUUGACCAAUUCAUACCAGCAGACUUGCUAGACUGCCUUUGCCAAGUAUAUGUUUCAGUGUUGGGGAGAGUUUUCCAGCUGCAGAUAAUAAAGUUAUUUAUUUCCAGAACUUUUAAGCCAUAAUAUAUUAGGCCAUUCCUAAUAUAUUUGAUAUAUAAGUUUGUUUGUUUGUUUGUUUGUUUUUUAAAUAUAUUUCUCUUAUAAAAGCAUUCUAACAUUCUAAGUGGAAAAUAAUGUCUCACGUACUCUGGGUAAAGAUGUAAGUAAAUAUGAUUCCUUUGGAAUGGACAUUGAAAAUGUAACUUCUUGAUUUUCAGGAUAUUUUGUAACCUCAUUAGCUAUUCAAAAGGUUAACACAAUCAAUGCAUUAUAAUAUAUUACAAUUUAUAUUUAUAUGUUCAUUUGAUUUCAGUAAUAUCUGAAUUUCCCUUUUUCCCAAGGAUUUAAAAUCUGCUGAUUUGGAGCCCUGGCUGGGUAGCUUGUUU